AUAUAUUGCUACCAACUUCUGAUUAGUCUCAACUUUGUUUUCUCAGAAAAAAAAAAAUGAAAAGGAGUAUAUAAAAAUUAUCUUCAUAGUUAGAUUGUAAGGUCCUCACUUUCCCCCAUCCCUCCAUUUUUUUUUUCUUGUAAACCUGUGGUUGGUUUCUGUCAUUUUUUUUAGGUUGCUGAUGCCAAUCUCAUUAAAGAGUUGGUUCAUCUAACAUCAUUGUUUCUCUGGACUCUGAUACAAAAGUUUGAAAGUGACCAUUUUUUAAGCUUAAUAGACGAGUUUUCUGCUAACCUGUAUCUAACUGGUUAUUCUGUCAAGUAUAAUGAUUAAUAUGAACAUCGAUACGGUCUGCCGGAAUCCGGAGAAGCCUAUGUUACAGAUCACUCCCACAUCCAAUUGCAUCUUUCUAGAACAGUUGGACAAUGGUGUUCAACGCAAUGCAGCAGAUGAUAUUUCCAAUGAACAUGUAUGGUCUAGAAGUUUAUUUGCUGGUGCAGACAAAAAGGAUCCAAUUCCAUACAUGCCAGGGAAGAAUCAAACUUGUAAGAAGAUUCCAGUAAAAGAAACUACUUGCAUCAAAAUUUCCAAGCAUGUGAAUGGGCAGAAGAUGAUCAAUGACUUUGUAAAAGAGCAAAAGAUUAGUCAGGGAAGUUAUGGAAAAGUGGUAUUGUAUCGAAACAAAAAUGAUGGAACCCCAUAUGCUAUCAAGAAAACAUGCAAGUCUAGAUUGCGCAAGGUGCGCAUGACACAGUCAGAAACAGCAAUGACCAAUGUUCUCAGAGAGGUUUCAAUAAUGAAGAUGUUGGAUCAUCCAAAUAUAGUCAACCUUGUUGAAGUAAUAGAUGACCAAAGUUGUGAUUAUCUCUAUAUGGUUCUUGAGUAUGUGGAAGGCAAUGGUAUAAGAAACCUUUCUGAAAUACAAGGACACAUUGAUGAGACAACUGCAAGGAGAUACUUCAAAGAUAUAAUUGCUGGUCUCACGUACUUGCAUAGUCAUAAUAUUGUCCAUGGUGAUAUAAAGCCUGAAAAUCUUUUGCUCACAAAAAGUGGAAGGGUGAAAAUUGGUGAUUUUAGUGUGAGCCAGGCUUUUGAGGAUGACAAUGAUGAGCUCUGGAGAUGCCCUGGAACUCCUGCUUUUACUCCACCCGAGUGUUGCUCGAAUACAGUUUAUCAUGGAAAAGCAGCAGAUGUAUGGGCUAUAGGUGUCACCCUCUAUUACAUGGUGGUAGGCUGCUAUCCUUUUCUUGCUGAUUGCCUACCUGAGACUUAUAACAAGAUUGUAAACUGUACUUUAUUGCUCCCAGAGGAACUAGAUACCGGGCUCAAGGAUUUGCUCCAAGGCCUUCUAUGCAAAGACCCUACUCUACGAAUAAGCUUGGACAUUGUUGCCGAGCAUCCGUGGGUGGUCAAAGAGGGUGCCAUAGCCCUUCCAAAGUGCUCCUGCAGCUGCAAGCUUGGUAUCGGAGAUCUUGCACCCUAAAGGCCCCAAGAAAAAUGAUUUGAUACUUCUUAUAGAUAGUUACAUGUUAUUAGCCAAUUACAUGGAAAUGGUAUUUAAUGUGUUUGAUUGCAGAAAUCAUUUGCAGUGGAACCAAAAAAUAAUUCAAAACAAUAAAUUACAGAUUUCUUUCAUACUACAAGUCUACAACAUCCAACGAAUCAAAAAAAUUCGUUUUACAUAAACUACAAAUGGCUAACAAAUUCCAAGUACUAUCUAUAACAUGAGAAUCAGUAUUCUUAGGGUAUCCUUGAUGAUGUUGAUGGCUCAACACCUUGUGGUGAAUCAAAGAUGGAAGCCAGGAUUCGACGAAUGUUUAAAGAACAAUCAGGUUUGAAGCUGAAGGAUCUCAUGUUGUUGUUGGAGAAAAUAUGAGAUGACUUAGAAAGGAUGAAAUAAACCAGUGCUUGAAGAAUCAAGAAAAUGAGCAUCUUCAACAAAGAAUC